CCAUCACAAUAUAAAAAUAAUUUGAAAUAGUUACAAAAUAAUAAAGUAGGUAAAACAUGAAAAAAAUGUGACAUUAUUUUUAUUUAAGAAUUAUUCGUAUCGAUAUUUAUCUUUAUAUCGUAGAUUAGAUAUAAAGUACGAGUUGUAUAUAAUAUAUAUGUAAUAAUUCGUAACACCAAGAAAAUCAAUGGGUGAAUAAAAGUUCUAUAGUAACAAAAUUACAUCUAUGAACUAGAGUACGAAAAAAGACUCUACACGAAGUGUUCUAAAGUGUACUUGGCUGUCAACCUAGAAAAACGUGAUAUCCAUGGACUAGGUGGAGAUUAAAAAAGAAGACAAGUGAAAGAAGGUUAGAUGUAAUAUAAAGUAUCUUUUGAAAGUUUGUUUAUUUUGAUUAUCUUUGAAACACUGUAUUUUCCUAAAGUUUCGAAUAAAAUGUCUCCCGAAACGAGUGGUAAUAAUCCGCCAAGUGUCGUAAGGCGUAAGAAGAAUAUUAAAAAAAAGGUUAACCAAAAUGGAGAUGAUUGUUUUGAACUCGAUUCAACUACUACUCAUUGUGACUAUUUUCCAAUACCUUCUUCCCACGCGUACUACUUGAAUUUACCAAAUCAAGUUCCGAGUUGUUCUUCAAUGACAAACGGUCACAAUAGACAACAUUUGAUGUCUUUAUCGAAUCAUUCUUUAAAUUGUGGCAGUUGUCUCUCCAAUAUGAAUACUUUCAAAAAUCAUAUACCCGACUUUUCCGAAGAUAUAGAAUUUUCGAGCUUACCCGUGGUACAUAUGGGACCGGAUGAAGCCGCGACAAAAAGACGUUUUUCAGAUCCGGGUAUACCAAAUGACAGUGAUUCGAGUGUAAAUUCUGCAGAUGAUGGUAUUCUACAUAAAUUGAAAUCUCAAAUUAAUUCUUUAAAAGAAAGCAAUCAUCGAUUAUCAAAGGAAAUUAUGGAUUUGAAAAUAGAAGUUAACAUAUUAAAGCAGCAAAGUAAUUUUAAACACCAUGAUAGGGAAUACGAACCAGGAAUAUUGGCAGAUGUUAUUAGAGAAGUUAGAGAUGCUGCUAGAGUAAGAGAAGAUGCGUUUUUAGCUAAAGUAAAACAUCUAUUAGAAGAACAACAGCAACGAUUAGGUUUGAACCAUAUGCAUUAUUUAUCUGAUAAACAUAAAAAUAACGAAAGGAUUUCCAAACUAGAAGAACAAUUGAAAUUAUUAACCAUAAAUAAUAAAAGGCAAGAAGACAAACCGUUAAAUGGAAACGUUUCCAACACCGGGCAAGUGAUGGAAUUAGAAAGAGAAGCGAUUGAAUUGAGACGCGAACUCCAAGAUACCAGAGCAAAGAAAGAAGCUUCAGAAUAUAAAUUGCUUCAGUUAGAAAAGGAACUUUCGAACCUUAUACGCAAUGGCAAUAUGACUAUUUCGGAUGCAUCGGAUGAUACCAAAUCUGCGUCGAUAGAAAGUCUCAGCAACAGUGUAAUUACAAAUGCCUCGUCAGUGUCGGUAUCGCACGGUAAUUCUAGAAUUACACUUACAGGUCCUGUAACUGAUUUAUAGAUAAUAAAAAACGAUCUUUUUAAUAACAUUCCCACUCAAAGCUUUGUUUAAUUAUUAACAAACGAAAUAAACAUUCCUAAUAUUAAUUUUAAGAGAUCUAUGAAUUUUGAAAUUCAUUAAAUACUCAAGAUAUCAUCUUUUUUCUUAGCAGCUGAGAGUUAUUUUUUUAAUACUAUACUAUUUUAUGUAACCUCUCAUUCUAUUUUUUUGCAAAAACUAUAUUUUGUUUGAACUGUUUAAUAUGAAUAUGUUUUUUUUUCUUAAUUAUCUAUAUAAAUAAUAUUUAUUUGAGUAAUCCCUUUUUUUAGGGUUUAAUAAUUUGCUUCAUUACAUUACAUUUUCAUAUAUUUAUUAUUUUGAUUCGAUCUAUCCAUUUUUCCACUUUCUGUCCAGAAUUGCUCAAUAGCAUUAUAUAUUUUUUUCUACAGAUAAAUACUCAUUUAGGUAAUAACUUUAUUUCAAUUGAGUUUGAGCCCAAAGUUUUGGAAUUUUUAUACACAUCAUUAUGUGCCUUCAUAUAAUAAUUUCAGGCCUCUUUUGAUUGAAAAUUCGUUUAUAAAAAAGAUGAUAAUACUUAAUUUAGGACCUAUUUUCGAUUAUAUUAAAAUAUAGUUUUAAACGUCAAUAUUUUUACCUUUUUCAAAAACUAAUUUUCAAACAAAAGAGACCUAAAAUCAAAAAUUUUCAAGAAGUAAAAAGUUGAAAAAAUUGAUUAUAUAUAUACACACAUAAACAAAAAUAUUAUGUGAAUAGUACUGAUUUUGUUUAAUACUUUAUAUAUUUUUUAUAAAUCUUAUUACUGAUUGUUCGAUACCUUUGUUUAUACAAAAUAUUUUUCAAUUCAGAUACAGGUUCUCAAAAUUAUUUAAUGUAACGUCAUAGAAAAAUUGAACAGAUUUUCUAAUAGAAUUUUGUAAAAUUUAAGUUACAAAUUUAAAUAUUAUUUUGUUCAUUUGCCAAGGGUACGGAACAACAAAUUUUCUAUUUAUUUCAUUCCUUAUAUAAUUAUAGGGUUAUAGGGUGUAUUGUGACUAGUAUAUCGAAUUUAUUUUAUAUAUUUUUAUGUUUAUUUUUACUAAAUAAAUACUUUAUGAUGCAAUACUACAUAA